AUGAGUCAGUAUAAUACGGCAGAUAUUGUUUCCGGUUCAGAAACACCGCCUUAUUCUGGAGCCAACUAUCAAGAUGCCCAGGAUGACAAUACACACACAAAUUCUUCAGACAUUGACGCAGAAAAUUUCAGUGUAGGCGACGAAAGCAAGCCCAAUAUUAAAUCCUCGAAGAGCAGUAGUAAGGAGUCUCAAGCUAAAGCAAAAAUGGUGGAUAAUAUUACUAUCUUAAAGUAUUUACUGGAUUCUUUGUCCGGUAGAGACAAAUUCGCAAAAAUCAUCAAAUAUGCUCUCGAUAUAUUGAAACUAUUUAUUGAAAAAUCUAGGAAAAAUCUAACUGUUUUGAAUCCUUCCGUUUUAACCAACUAUACCAAGGUUUUGAAAAACUUGACUUUAAAAGUCGCACUAAGACAUCCAGUCACGGUGAUCAAGGUUCUUCUCCUGUCUCUACUGAAAAAUUUUGACAGGAAAAUUGAUUUCAUCAGUCAGCAGUUAAGUACUUUCAGAUACAUUUUAAGAUUUGGUGGCACACCCUUCAGAAUGUUUAGUCUAUUGGGAAAACUUAACAAAACUAGAAAAUGCAACUUCCAAAUUGAUCAAAUUAAGACCAUAUGGUUGAAUGAAGCUUCACUAAGAGAAUUUUUGGAUUUAUAUUAUGGUAUCUUUGAUGAAUUAGAUCUUCUAUACAAACUGAAAAUCUGGACAAACAAAUCGUUCUACUCUUUUGUCAGUAGACAAGAGUCUCUUGCAUGGCAAUACGACAUUCUUUUGAGUUUAAAGGACCAAUGGCUCAAUUUACAAAGCCUGCAAAGGAGACAACUAGAAUUGGAGGUGCAACUAAAAGUCCAAAGUAACGCAUUACAACUAUCACCUAUAUUAAUGCAUCAGGCCCAAAACGAUGUUUCGCAAUCUCCGAUUAGGAAACAAUUGUUGAAUGACCUAAACGUAAAUAAUAACUCAGAAGUACAAAUACACAAACAACUAAAGGCUAUUAAAGAUGAAAAGACUCUUGUUUAUUUAGAUAUAACAAGAUUAUUGUUCGAUUGCAUGGCCAAUACAUCGGAUAUUCUAAAUUUAAAGACUCCAAAGGGGACCUAUGCUGUUUUAUCUCUAGGAUCCGGGUUAACUGGGCUGGUCAAACUUUGGAUAACAGCAAAGAGGUCACUUUGCUCUUCAAAAGAUUAG